AUGCUGUUGCCAACAUCCUGCGAAAGGCCGAAGCACUGACUUCUGGAUAUCUCGCCGAUGAAGUGUUCACACUGCGGAGAUCUCGUCCUUCUCAGUCCGAACCAAAUUACAAGUUCGAUCUUGCGGCGCCAUAUCUAUAUCAGACAACUUAACGGGACAUCCCAGCCGGAGACUAUACGGGUCACGCCUGAUGAAACAUCUUUUGUCCGCCUGUGGAGCUCACCCGUACCUCUACCAGGAUAUACCGCCUGUAGUAGUGCGAAUGCGUCGGUAGCUGCAGCUACUCCGGCACAAACGGAUCGUACCCCCCCUUCGCUCUCGCAUUGUAGCCUUGUUGAAAAUGACGGUAUCGCUGGUGGAAUUGCUCCAUUGAAGCUAUUUCUAUCUUUGCCGGUGAAUAUCACUGUGGAACCACUGAUGAAGUGACAUCUUCCCGAACUUUCGACAUGGUACCGCCGAACUAUACGAUUUCUUACACUAG